CGCCCCGCUCCGCGGAUCGCUCGGUCCUGCAAACGCGCGCCGGGCGCUUUCCGCGGAGCUCGGCUGUGCUUGCGAGCGCCCUUUUGCAGCAGCCGCCGCGGCUGCUGCCCGAGGGGGCGGAGAGGAAGGGGCCGAGGCUGACCGACUGGGGGGCGGCGUCCCCCAUCAAAACCGCCUGCAAAGUGUUCUGGGCGGCAGAAGCAGGCCGCCGGCUCCGGGGAGCAAGCUGCUCGCCUGAGGGCUGAGCGAGCGCUCUGGGCUGCCAAGCAGUGCCGCGGUUGCUGCCGGGCGCCGGUGCCCUGGGCGCGGGGCUUAGACUCACCAUGCCCCUUCGGGGCCGGGCCGCCGGGCACAAGCGGAUCCCCGGCUUGCCCCCGCCUCGACGCGCUCGGAUUAGCUGCAACUGGCGCCCAGGGAUUUGAAUCUGGACCCCAGGAGGGAGCGCUCCUAGGCCGACCUCUGAGUGGCGGCCCCGCGGCCAACAUGCUUCGAAAAGGGUGCUUUGUGGAAUUGCUGCUGCUCUUGCUGCUGGCUGGGGAGCUGCCCCUGGGCGGCGGCUGCCCUCGGGACUGUGUGUGUUACCCAGCACCCAUGACAGUUAGCUGCCAGGCACACAACUUUGCUGCCAUCCCCGAGGGCAUCCCCGAGGACAGUGAGCGCAUCUUCCUGCAGAACAACCGCAUCACCCUCCUCCAGCAGGGCCACUUCAGCCCUGCCAUGGUCACCCUGUGGAUCUACUCCAAUAACAUCACUUUCAUUGACCCCAACACCUUCGAGGGCUUUGUGCACCUGGAAGAGCUGGACCUUGGCGACAACCGGCAGCUGCGGACACUGGCACCCGAGACCUUCCAAGGCCUGGUAAAACUUCAUGCCCUCUACCUCUAUAAGUGUGGGCUUAGUGCCCUGCCAGCGGGCAUCUUUAGUGGCCUGCACAGCCUGCAGUACCUCUACCUGCAGGACAACCACAUCGAGUACCUCCAGGACGACAUCUUUGUGGACCUGGUCAACCUCAGCCACCUGUUUCUCCAUGGCAACAAGCUGUGGAGCCUGGGCCAGGACACCUUCCGGGGCCUGGUAAACUUGGACAGGCUGCUUCUGCACGAGAACCAGCUGCAGUGGGUCCACCACAGAGCUUUCCACGACCUCCGCAGGCUGACCACCCUCUUUCUUUUCAAUAACAGCCUCUCGGAGCUACAGGGUGACUGCCUGGCCCCCCUGGUGGCCCUGGAAUUCCUCCGCCUCAAUGGGAAUGCCUGGGACUGCGGCUGCAGGGCGCGCUCCUUAUGGGAAUGGCUGCGGCGGUUCCGAGGCUCCAGCUCCGCUGUCCCCUGUGCAUCCCCCGAGCUGCGACAAGGCCAGGACCUGAAGCUGCUGAGGGCUGAGGACUUCCGGAACUGCACAGGCCCAGCGUCCCCACACCAGAUCAAAUCACACACGCUCACCACCACUGACAGGGCUGCCCGCAAAGAGCACCACCCACCCCACGGCCCCACCAGGAAGGGCCACCCACACAGCCAUCUGCCUGGCUCCAGGUCAGGCUACAAGAAGUCAGGCAAGAACUGCACCAGCCACAGGAACCGCAACCAGAUCUCUAAAGUGGGCACUGGGAAACAGCCCCAUGAACUACAGGACUAUGCCCCUGACUACCAGCACAAGUUCAGCUUUGACAUCAUGCCCACAGCACGGCCCAAGAGGAAGGGCAAAUGUGCCCGUAGGACCCCCAUCCGUGCUCCCAGCGGGGUGCAGCAGGCCUCUUCAGGCAAUUUCCUGGGGGCCUCACUCCUGGCCUGGAUACUGGGGCUGGCGGUCACUCUCCGCUGACGACCCAAAGCACCAGCACCCAGCACUGCCACGUGUCUGCCAAGGAACAAAAUUUCUUUUCUUCUUUUCUUACAAGUGGAAGAUCUGCUGGGUUUCAGGAAAAGGCCGAUAGAGCCUUCAGCUGCUGUCUGGACCCUACUCGGUGGAUUAUAAACCCAAAGUGUACAGUCCUAGAUGGGAAGGGAUUAGCGCAUCUCACCCAGCUGUCCCAGCCAGCCCCUGCCGAGCAUCUACGGACAGCGUCCACUCCAGCAAGGCGGUAAAAGGCACGCAAAGUGAAUCUUUCAUUAGCAGUAAUGGGACAAGUGCCCCUCGUGGGAGCUGGGCUCUGUGGAAUCCUGAUCAUUUGGAGAGGUCUGAAGGGCCCUGCCAUUCCUGGAGGAGCAGGACUCAGAACAAACAAGUUUCUCCCAAGAGCUGACUGGGUCAACCAGCAGUCUGGGAGUACUGGUGCAGGUGGCAUCUUGGCCUUUGUCUGAGGUCACCUAGUCAAUCUGCCCUGAAUCCAAUCCUUUGCCACCUUCGGUCCCUCCCUUGGUGGGUAAUGCCUCUCAUUCCUGAUGUCUCAGGCAACCCUGGCAGACCCAGGCACAGCUGCUAGGGUCCAAGAACCAAUUACCAAAGGAAAGAUCAUCAGAGGCUGAAAUUUAGAACUUCAUCACAUGCAAUGAGAUUCUCACAGAAGGUGCAGUUUUAUACCUAUGUCCACUUAUAUAUAUAUACACACUCCACAUAUAUAUAUAUAUAUAUAUAUAUACGUAUAUAUAUACAAAUGCACAGGUCCCCUGCCCCACUCCGUUACCAAACUGUAAGUCUUAUCAUGUUUAUAAACUAUAUGGGAAACUAUAUCUGCUGAAGUAAGGAUUGCAAUGGUGAUUUCUAGCAAGAAAAAAGUUAUAGAAUUUUUGUCUAGAAUCCCAACCUGAUGUCAAUAGUCCCUAUGUAACCUGGGCUUGCCAGGACCUGGUGCAGGGUGUCAGUGGGAAGAGUUAGGGAGAAAGGGAGGCAGCAAGAAUCACUUCAGGGGACCAAUAUUCUUAGACAUUUAGAACAUCACCUUGUUUUUAUAUGCAACACAAACCUGUCUGGCACCCUGGAGCACCCAUCACCCCUGCUGUAGAAGCUGUGGGCGUCGGAGUGAGAAGCGGGAAGCAGCUUGUGGAUGUCAGGGAGCCAGGCACUGGGGACCAGGUAGACAGAGAAGGGGAAAGACAGGGCUUUGGAUUUAAGUCAGCAGACAAGGCAGCAUCCACAGUGUUAGUCCAACGGGUUGGACAGUGUCGUCAGCCCAGCGUUUUGCCAGCGAUGGUCUGGACAGGCCAGGGAGACUGAGCAGAAGCCCAGGCCAUCGGCAUGGCUCAGCUGCUGGAAUUUAACUUGAGGCUUUUGGGUGGGCAACCCAGCAAGGGCCCUGUGUAGUUUGGCAGGAGGGAAGCAUCAGGUGGCCUUGGCAGAAGGAGAAUGUUGAGGACAUUUCAGGAACCAUCUCAGGCACUUCUGCAUUAUGGAGGCCCCAUUCCUCCUGACCCUCCUGAGAUGCCCAGGCAGAGGUUAGAGGGCCAGACUCAGGGGUCAGGAGCAGGGACAGGCAGCAUGCAGGGAACCAAGCAUGCAAGCCCAGACAGGCAAGAGGGCCUGCUGGACAAGGGCCCAAGCAAGCACGGUCUAUUUUGCGCUUUGCACAAACCUGAAUUCCCCACCAGAAAGGAUGUGUGUGAGGAGGGAGAAACACUGAAUCCAAUUAAGAGAGAAAAAAAAUAA